AACAUGUCGACUCUUAUUUUUCAAAUUCUAUUUUUUUUAAAUUCUUGGUCACCUAAAUUGACAAAAUCAUAUGCCACGUGUCAGCACCCUAUUCAUCAGCCUCAUCGUUAAAUUAAAUCAAACGAACGGUGUGUCCGUUCCUACUUCCAAUUUACCUUCCUCCGACGACUUUACAACCUCCAUUUUCAACGCCCACCUUCUCUCCGACGACUCUUUCUUCUUCUUUCUCUUCUCAGAGGUCUCGGAUUCAGAACUAAAUCUCCACAGAUUGCCAUUUAUGAUAAACCAUUCUCCGAUUAACGUCAUCCUUCCAGCUUAACUUUUCCCAUGGGACACCACUGUAGUAAAAGCGUUUCUGAUGUCAGUCACCACGCUGCAAUUUCCGGUGGCAGCCGUCCGAGUUCUUCGCCCAUACCCGAAGAUACCCGGCACUCCAACUCUGUCUCUGCAACAGCGAGCCCAUUUUCUAGUCCUCUGCCUUCUCGAAUAGCGCCGUCGCCAGCCAGAACUAGGAGGAAAUUCCGAUGGCCUCUACCGCCUCCUUCGCCAGCCAAGCCCAUCAUGGCCAUUCUACGGCAGAAAUCGCGCAAGGCUUCGAUACCAGAGGAAAACCAAAUUGGGGAAGAGGGGUUGGGAGAGGUUCAGUUGGAUAAAAGCUUUGGGUACUCGACGAACUUUGGAGCGAAGUUCGAGCUUGGGAGGGAGGUGGGGAGGGGUCAUUUUGGACAUACUUUCUGGGCUAAGGGUAAAAAGGGCGACCUCAAAGGAAAGCCUGUGGCCGUCAAAAUCAUCUCUAAAACUAAGAUGACAUCCACCGUUGGAAUCGAAGAUGUUCGCCGGGAGGAAAAGAUACUGAAAGCAUUGUCCGGGCACAAGAAUCUGGUCCAUUUCCACGGAGCAUUUGAAGAUGCCAAUAACAUUUACAUAGUUAUGGAAUUGUGUGAAGGCGGAGAACUGCUAGAAAGAAUAGUGUCAAGAGGAGGAAGAUAUCAAGAACAAGAAUCGAAAACGAUCAUUGUGCAGAUACUCUGUGUUGUUGCAUUUUGUCAUCUACAAGGGAUAGUGCACCGUGACUUGAAGCCAGAGAAUUUCCUUUUUAUGAAGAAAGAUGAGAACACAGGGCUCAAACUCAUUGAUUUUGGUCUCUCUGACUUCGUCAAGCCAGAUGAACGUCUGAACGAUGUCGUCGGCAGUGCAUACUAUGUUGCUCCUGAAGUACUCUACAGAUCCUACAGUUUUGAAGCAGACAUGUGGAGUAUUGGUGUCAUAGCAUAUAUACUGUUGUGUGGGAGCAGACCUUUCUGGGCAAGAACUGAAUCAGGAAUCUUCCGCUCUGUGCUAAGAGCCGAUCCUAACUUCGAUGAUUCCCCUUGGCCAACCAUCUCUCCAGAAGCUAAAGAUUUUGUGAAACGCCUUCUGAAUAAAGACCAUAGAAAAAGAAUGACAGCAGCGCAAGCUUUAACACACCCGUGGUUACGAGAUGAAGAUCUUGCCGUGCCUUUGGAUAACUUCAUAUACAAGUCAGUUAAGGCAUAUCUCCGUGCAACUCCUUUCAAGCGUGCAGCAUUGAAGGCACUUGCAAAAGCUUUGACAGAAGAUGAACUUUUCUACCUCAGGACCCAAUUCAAGCUUUUGGAGCCACAAAAUGGAUUUGUAACCAUUGAUAACUAUAAAGCGGCUCUUGUGAGAAAUGUAACUGAUGCAAUGAGAGAAUCCAAUGUUGCUGACAUUCUGAAGAUGAUGGAACCUCUCGCUAACAAAAGAAUGGGCUUUGAGGAGUUCUGCGCAGCUGCAAUCAGUGUAUAUCAGCUGGAGGCUGUUGCAGGAUGGGAAAGCAUCGCCACCCGAGCUUUCGAGUAUUUCGAGCAGGAAGGAAAUCGAGUCAUUUCCGUACAUGAGUUAGUUCAGGUAAGAAACAAUUCGACGCUUGGAAUUACUACAUUUUACACAACUAACAACAGUGAAUUGAAGUGCAAGUUUAAAAUGUGUUCAGGAAAUGAAUCUGGGUCCUAUAGCUCAUUCUUUUCUCCAGAAUUGGACAAGAAGUUCUGAUGGGAAACUCAGUUUUUUCGGAUAUACAAAAUUUCUGCAUGGUGUUACAAUCCGCUACUCUAAUACAAGACAUUAACACACAGAAGAAGCAGAUAGUUCAAUAGCUGUACACUUGAUUCAUUUUUUCUCCUCAUUGUAUUAUCAAUUUGAUUCCUAGCAGCUUCAAAACACUGAAUAAAAGAGGGCCAUGCGAUUGAGAAACAUAAAAAGAAAUGCGGCUGUACCAUGUAUUGCAUUCUUUCCCAUUUCACCGCCCAGUUCUUUGUAAUCCUUCCUACAUGUAAAAACAAGGCAGAGAUCAGAAUACAGAUUUUACUGAGACUUGCCAAACUGAUAUGCUAUAUUAUGUUCUUUCAUUCUCCCAAA